UUAGUUGUUGUUGUUUUUUCGGCUGCUCUGGUCGCGCGUUCGUGCUGCUCUCGAAAUAAAUCAGAUAUAGGCGAAAUAUGAAUUAAAAACUUACCGAAUAAUACAGAAUAGUUUCCGCACCGAACACGCGAUCAUCGAAAACGAAACCUCGAAAUGGCGGAACCUUUAGCAGUGGAAACCAAGCCGCUGAGCAACGGAAAUGCCAAUGGAAACGCAGUGGGAAUCGCCGAAUCCGCCAGCGCUGUCUUCCAGGAGAAGUUGAAGCUCCAGCAGCAGGAGGAGUCCAACGAGAUCGCGGCAGUGCCGAAGUACGGACUCAAGCUGAAGUUCGACCAUGUGUGGCCGGAAAAGAGGAUCCAGAAUGUGCGGGCCUCCAUCAGGCAAACGCUGCCCAUGGUGCCACUCGUCUGCAGAUAUGCGGCCUACUACUGGAAAGUGUCGCGUGAAGGUCGUCGGGUGUACAUGGACUACUACUACAUGGAGAAUGGCAAGCAGAUCUAUGGAGUGCCCAUCGGCGGAAUUGGAGGUGGUACGAUUGGCAGGGGCUAUGCCGGCGAGUUCUGCCGUUUCCAGAUGCGUCCCGGCAUCUACGAGUACAAUGUGGUGCUGGCCAAUCAGUUUAUCGUUACCAUCAAGGAUCCCAAAGGAUGCACCAUCUUUCAGAGCCUCCUCUCGAAGUGCAGCACCAGGGACAAGACCAGCGAUCCGGAUGGCGAUCCGGAUGGGGAAAGAACUAAAUGUCAACUGCCCAAUUGCAGCAGUCGCGCCAAGCAGCCGCUGAGUGCCUGGCACUCGAACAUCGAGGACACGCGCUGCAGCUACACGGGUCUCUAUCCUCGCUCCUGGACGGAGUACGAUCUGUCCCACUAUGGAGUCCGUCUGACCUGUCGCCAGGUAUCGCCGGUAAUACCGCAUGAGUACCGCGAGUCCAGCCUACCGUGCGCCGUCUUCGUGUGGAGCGUGGAGAAUGUUUGCGACCAGGAGCGCAAGGUGUCCAUCACGUUCACUUUCAAGAACGGCACAGGGAACAAGAAACAGGAUGCGGAGGGCGGAGCCGAGUCGCAGCUAAUCAGCGAGGGCAACGCCAAGGGAGUCUCCAUCAGGCAGAAGAUCUCUGAGAUGCCCUGCAGUUAUAAUCUGGCAUGUAGGGUCCUUCCCGAGAUCAGCAUCACGCGGUGCCCCCAGUUCGAUCCGGCCGGCAACGGUGAGCAGUUGUGGGCACAGCUCAAGGAGCAUGGCCAGCUUAGCGAGCAUCCCACCUCAGAGGCACUAAAAACCAAAGAUAUAGGCGUGGCUGUCUGUGGCCAGGUGGCCCUGAAGCCAAUGGCAUCCCACGAUCUGGAGUUUGUGCUGGCCUGGGAUAUGCCAAAGAUUCAGUUCCCCAGGAAGAUGCAGACCCAUACACGCUACUACACCAAGUACUUCGAUGACAGCGGUGAUUCCGGUCCCAGGAUCUGCGAGUAUGCACUCAGGCAGUAUUCCACCUGGGAGCGAUUGAUUGAUGCGUGGCAAAGACCCAUUCUCAAUGAUGAAACCCUUCCCGACUGGUACAAGUGUGCCAUCUUCAAUCAACUUUACUUCAUCUCGGAUGGCGGAACCAUUUGGUUGAAAUGUGAUUCUUCGCUGGGCAAGGAACUGGCUUAUGAUGAUCCCCGACUGGCUUAUGGCCGUUUCGGUUACCUGGAAGGCCACGAAUACCGCAUGUACAACACCUACGAUGUCCAUUUCUAUGCAUCGCCGGCUCUGGCCCACCUGUGGCCCAAUCUUCAGGUCAGUCUGCAGUAUGACUUCAAGGAUGCCAUUGCCGCAGAACUAAACGAUACUCGUAAAAUGCUUUACGAUGGCAAGGUGAUGCCGCGCAAGGUCAAGAACUGUGUGCCCCACGAUCUCGGGGAUCCCGAUGAGGAACCCUUCACCUUGAUCAACUGCUACAACAUACACGAUGUGAAUGACUGGAAGGAUCUCAAUACGAAGUUUGUGCUGCAGGUGUAUCGGGACUACUAUGUCCUCAAUGAACUGGCCCAGGCCCAGUCGGAUAAUGCAAGCAAGUUCAGCUCCAUCGAGUUUAUCGAUAAGGAGAGCCUUUAUGAGCUGUACAGCCAGGACAACAAGCGCAAGAAUUCAGCUGAUGAAAAGCAACAAAACCGUAAAUCUGCAUCGAUGUACAUCAACGAAACCAAUGGAAAGGUGUAUCUAAUGGAUGCCAUUGGCUACUUGAAGGCCAUGUACGCAUCGUGCAAGGCCAUUAUGGAGCGAACCAUUGAGUACGAUAAGGACAACGACGGUCUGAUCGAGAACACAAAGAUGCCGGACCAGACCUAUGACUCCUGGGUGAUGGACGGACCGAGUGCCUACUGCUCCGGUCUCUGGCUGGCUGCUCUGCAAGCCAUGUCCGCCAUGGCUACCAUUCUGGACCAGCCGAACGAUUGCCUGCGCUAUCAGGAUAUUUUGGAGAAGGGCAAGCGAUCGCUGGAGGAGAAGCUCUGGAAUGGCAGUUACUAUCGCUUUGAUCUUUCGCACAGUCAUCGGGAUACGAUCAUGGCCGAUCAGUUAUGUGGUCAUUGGUAUCUAAAGUCCUGCGGCUUCGAUUACGAGAUCUAUCCGAAGGAGAAUGUGCGUACUGCCCUUAAGAGGAUCUAUGACAACAAUGUGAUGGGCUUUCAUGAGGGCAAUAUCGGAGCGGCCAAUGGCUUCAUAGCCAAUGCCAGCGAACCCACCAAGCCGGGUCACGUGGACAACAGCAACAUCCAGGCGGAGGAGGUGUGGCCAGGAGUGGUUUACGCUCUGGCUGCUACCAUGAUACAGGAGGGCAUGUUCGAGGAAGCCUUCCAGACCGCCGGCGGAAUGUACAAGACCCUGUCCCAGCGCAUCGGCAUGAAUUUCGAGACCCCGGAAGCGUUGUACGGUGAGAAGCGCUAUCGCUCCAUUGGCUAUAUGCGUCCGUUGAGCAUUUGGUCCAUGCAGGUGGCAUUGGAGCGACGGCGAGCCCAACGCGACUAAGUCGAGAGUACAAUCUAAUCCGAAGUCUACACAACCAAAGAUAUUUCUAAGCCAGCACAAAGAUUUUCUUAGCGUUUAGUUCGAUUCUUCUUUUGAGGCUGAAUGUGUAACGAGCUUAUCGAGAUGGUGCGAGUCGAGGAAGAUGUUGUCUCUGAAGUGGUUUUCAAAUUUAUAGCUUUAUCUGUACUUUUAAGCUGUGGAAUCUGUUGGCGCUUACUCCAUGUCUUCUCUAGCUUUAAAGCCAGUCACAAAUCAAACUGCUACUCUCUGUUGAAGUACAACUACGCAAUGGUAUUCAAAUGGAGCACAAGUCGUAUUUAGAUGUUAGCUAAGAGAAAUAUUUAAAUCAAUUAUAAAUGUUUUAAUUAAUUAUUAAUGUCAUAAGCAUAUAUGUAUUUCAAUGUGUAAGCAGUUGCUGUCUGCAAUAAAUGUGACCGAGUUGUCAGAAAU